UUUCUAUAUACAUGAUUCUGAGGAAUCGAACCCAGGGCUUCAUGUAUAAGAGGCAAGCACUCUACCACUAGGCCAUAUUCCCAGCCCAGAUUUUUGUUAUGCUUUAAACUCUUCUGUUGCCUGCAUAAGAGGCAGAACUGUGGAUUUGAGUAGCCUGAGUCAUCUAUGUCCCUGAGCUGGUCUUGAAUGUGUGUUCACUUGGGUCUCUGGCAAUGCUGGAGCCUCAGAAUGAGAUUUGCAACAACCAGUAUGCCAUUUGACAUAGUCCAAAACACAUCCACAUCUGUUCCUUCAAUUGUUUCUUUCCAGUCAUGCUUCAAAUGAUGAGAUCCCUCUGGGUGAUGGUGGGGUCCAAAUAGUUUAUCAGGGGUGUUUUUUGAGAGACUGAGGUCUUCCAUUAUUCCAGCUCAACUCUAAUACAGGCCAUUCUUCCCUCCCCUCCCGUGAUACAACAAUACUUCUCUUUUGUUAUUCCUGUCUUCGCUCUUGGGGGCUGUGACAAAGCAGUGUCUCGAUGUGUCAGACCUGAGGAUGAAGUCACAUCCCAUUUUCUGGGGGAAGUGACGUCAUCUUUGGGUGGCCAUUUCCGUCCUCACCCCUCAGCCUUUUCUUCCUUUUUUUUUUUUUGUAGGUGCUGGGUCAUUUAUUUACCCUCAUUCAGUUUUGACACCUCAGUGCAUGUUAUAAGAGGACCCUGGAAUGAAAGAGUCCCAACUAUGGCACCCCAACGCAGGGCCUGCUGUACAGCAAGGUCAAAUAAAUACUUGUGGAAUGCAUGACUCCUGCUGGCUUUCAGUGUCUGUGCCACGAAGAGGGCUGGAGACCCUUCCUAGAUGUCAGGCUCCUGUGGUACCCAUCUGCCAGGCCUGCUUCAAGCUCUCCUGGCCUCUCGGUCCCCACCCCCAUUUGACCUGAAUGUGUAAUUUAGCCCGGAGGAGAACUUUGACCCUUGUGCAAGCCUGGCUGAUCACUUUAGGACAAUGGUAGCCCCCAGCUCUGAUUCCGGGCAGCUCUCACUGGUUUAGGAUUGUCUAACCUGUUUUGAAUAGCCAGAGGGAAGGGCUUAGCAGCUGAGUGGCGGCCUUGGCAGCUUAGAAGCUCAGCCUGCCCCCUCCAGGCUUCCCUCCUCUUCUGAUCCCCUGCGGGCUCAAGAAAGCUGCCCAAGCCCCUGCUGGGACUACAUCUCCCAGCGUGCCUAGCAGAGUGGGAGCCUCAGUGUGCCGUCUGCACCACUUGAGCUGGUGGACAAUGCAGCGGGCUGUGGGCUUUGUGUCCCCUCUUGGCUUUCGACUGACCGUACUCCCCUCAGUCCGAGGUCGGCCCCUCGGUAGUGCCCAGGAUGUCCCCCGCAGGACUCCUCUCUAUGACUUCCACCUGGCCCACGGUGGGAAAAUGGUGGCUUUUGCCGGAUGGAGCCUGCCUGUGCAGUACCAGGAAAGUCACAUCCAUUCACACCUACAUACACGCGGGCACUGCUCACUCUUCGACGUGUCCCACAUGCUCCAGACUAAGAUAUUUGGUUGUGACCGGGUGAAACUCAUGGAGAGUCUAGUGGUUGGAGACAUAGCAGAGCUAAGGCCAAACCAGGGGACAUUGUCAUUGUUUACGAAUGAGGCUGGAGGCAUCUUGGAUGAUUUGAUCGUGACCAAUACUUCUGAGGGGCACCUCUAUGUGGUCUCUAAUGCUGGCUGCAGGGACAAGGACUUGGCCCUCAUGCAGGACAAGGUCAAGGAGCUUCAGAAUAAGGGCAGUGAUGUGGGCCUGGAGGUGAUAGAUAAUGCUCUCCUGGCCCUGCAAGGCCCCACUGCAGCUCAGGUACUGCAGACAGGUGUGUCAGAUGACUUGAGGAAACUACCCUUCAUGACCAGUGCGGUGAUGGAGGUGUUUGGUGUGUCUGGCUGCCGUGUGACCCGCUGUGGCUACACAGGAGAAGACGGUGUAGAGAUCUCCGUGCCAGCAGCUGAGGCAGUCUACCUGGCAAAGGCUCUGUUGAAAAACCCAGAGGUCAAGCUAGCAGGGUUGGCAGCCCGGGACAGUCUGCGCUUGGAGGCAGGUCUCUGCCUGUAUGGGAAUGACAUCGAUGAACACACUACACCCGUGGAGGGCAGCCUCAGUUGGACACUGGGGAAACGCCGCCGAGCAGCUAUGGAUUUCCCAGGAGCCAAGGUCAUUGUGCCCCAACUGAAGGGCGAGCUGCCACGGAGGCGCGUGGGGUUGAUCUGUGAGGGGGCCCCAAUGCGGGUGCACAACCCCAUCCUGAGCACGGAAGGCACCGUGAUCGGUACCGUGACCAGUGGCUGCCCCUCACCCUGCCUGAAGAAGAACGUGGCGAUGGGUUAUGUGCCUUCCAAGUUCAGCCGGCCAGGGACACAGCUGCUGGUAGAAGUUCGACGGAAGCAGCAGAAGGCUGUUGUCAGCAAAAUGCCCUUUGUGCCCACCAACUACUACACCCUCAAGUGAAGAGGACCCAGGGGAGGGCUCUCCCUUCUAGGAGGGAAUUCCUGGAGGGAAUCCUACAAGACUGAAGUCAAGACAAGGAGGCAGAACUUGAUGAGGGGCAGGCAACUGAGUGGUUUGCUUUAGCUGGAUGGGGCUAUCCAUCUUUUCAUUGUCUCCAAAACAAUCUACUGCAGCUUCAGGACCCCACUUCGGAGUGUGAGAUUAGCUCAUCCCAUAUCCUGGUUCAUUCAGACCCCAUUCAACUUUGUGGGGAAGGGUAACACCUACCAAACUACCUUACCAUGGUUUCUCAGCUUUCAAAGGGUUAGUGCCAUGGGCGGUGUGGGCUUAAGGGCUGACUCUUCUCCUUUGCUUUCCAUGAACACACACGGUUGCUUCUUUCUGAGUAGCAGUGAAUCCUGACUCACAGUACUGGCAGUGAUUCCCGUGUGUAAACUUGGGGAUGGCUGAGCCAUCUCCGACUCAUCCUUCCACAUUCCCAGUCAACUGAAGUUUGUUGCCUAGUAGCAAGCCACAGCAGGCUCACUACCUGGGCUAACCUAUAACCUGAGCCUGUAACUGGAUUUUAAUCACUAGUGAAGGAAAUUAAAGGGGCUUCCUUCCUUGU